CCCAUAUUUGUCCUGGAGGUAUUUUUCUGUGUAUGACUGAAUCUGGCAAUGGAACUUAGGCGCACACACUCCUGUAACGGGGAUGAUUCCAGUGGGAACAGCCGGCCAGGCGGCUGCAGCUCCUCCAAUGUCAGGCCAGAAAACAGGAGCACGCUGUGCAGUGUAAUAGCACAACUGGUAGAGGAAACGCAGCCUUUCUUCGAGACAACGCUGAAGUCAAAAGCUGUAUCCGAGACGUGCAAUGUGAAGUUCUCUUGUGUGGUUACAGGGUACCCCAUCCCUCAAGUUAUUUGGUAUAAGGAUGAUAUUCAGUUAGACAGAUACUGUGGACUGCCAAAAUAUGAGAUAUUCCGUCAUGGACAAAACCAUUCCCUGCACAUUUACAAUUGCACGGCGGAGGAUGCAGCCAUAUACCAGGCCUCAGCUAGCAACAGCAAAGGUAUCGUUUCCUGCUGUGGACUUCUGGAGGUGGGUGAAAUGAACGAGUUCAAAAUCCAUCAGCGUUACUUUGCCAAGCUCAAACAAAAAGCAGAGAAGAAACGUAAGGAAUUGGAAGGUAAAGAGAACCUGGAGCCACUACGGACCAUUAGCCCAGACCGUUCGCAAAGGAAGCGCCGAUCAACAAUGGAGGCUUUUUGUAGCACCCCAAGCUCCGUGGAAGAUGACAACUGCCAGACUGUAGCCGAGGAGCCUGACGUGAGGCGGCAGGAGACCUCUACAGAAGAUCUGAAAGAAAUUUCAGCCUCCAUCACCAAUGGAGAAAUGUCUGCUGUUUGUAAUAUGCAGGACUUUCAUGAAAAGAUAAAGAAACAAGACUCUGUCCAGAUUUUCACCACACACCAACCCAAAACACCAUUUGUCAAAAAGAAAAUCAAGAUUUCUAACAGUGCAAAGGUCGUAAAAGCAGAUAAUUCCAGAGACAACGUGUUAGAGGGGAACCAGGCAAUGGAAGGGACGCUACUACCCGCAGCGCUAGAAUACACAAAGUCAGCUCACUGCAAAGGGAACUUAGAAGAUGUUAUGGAAGUGGAAAACAUUGCUAAUCCAUCCCUUCUAUUUUCCAAAUCCAGAGGAAAAUACCAGGAAUCAUCUUCAGAGAAAGAUCUUCCUGCAAAUGAUGAGAAGGUUUUUGUUAAAGGUUUGGUACCUGCAGAGAAAGACCAACUCACUGCGCCAGUAAACCCGGAUACUGUUAGUGCCACAAGUCAAAACAAAAGUCAACAAGCUAUAAUGCACAUCAAAAAGGCAGGAUGCAAAGAUAGAGAGAAAAGUCUGGAGAUGCAGAAACAAAGACCUCACAUGAACUCAACACAAGUGCAACCAAGUACUGCAGCCACACAGCAACAACCCUUAAAAGAAGAUGUAUGUGAAGCAGAAGAUGUUUCAGGCGGAAACUCCUUAGUGGGAAAUCAUAAAAUUGUCCCACUAAUGCGGGAAUCAGAAACAGUUUCUGAGGGUUUUCCGCUUCAAUCACCAAUGUCCAAUAAGUAUAAUGGUGGAACUUUAGCACACAGAGACAUUGACUCAUGGCACACCCGCUGUGAACCCAAGACAGCUUUGCAUCAGCAUGCAAGUGGAAAGACUGGAGAUCAGCUAUCUGAAGAGGAAACUUGCCGCCGGCAAAACACUGCGUCUGUUUGUUGGCCGCUGCAACUGAGUGAGAUGGACACACAACUACCACAAAAGACUUCCUCAGAAAGAGGGGACACAACAGAUGACAUCCUGAACCCCUCUCGGCACACUGCUCUUCAAGCAGUUAUUGGCAGAAUAGCAGAGACAGCAUGGGAUCAUUCCAAAGGAUCAAGUGAAAGCAAUGCGCUUUUUUUUACUGAGCUGCAUAAGUCACCCCUUGAAUGCCCAGUUGAUGUCAGGAACAGCCUCUUGUGCAAUGUUUUACCCACCACCCAACACAGCCAAGCAGGACUGGCUAUAAAUACUGAUGAAGUCAUUGAAGUUGAUGAGAAGGUAAAAGUUGACAAGGUCGACUGGUUAUUAGUACAAGCUGGCAGUGAGAGGCGAAAUGAAAAGGUAGCUGAGACUGGUGAGGAAAACGGUCUUCAGACAACUGAGACAACUAAGACAGAAAAUACAAGAGACAUGCAGGACACCACACUGAAUGAUAAUGUGCCAGAUAACAGGGAGGAAUUCCAUUCAGACUUAGAAAAUAUGAAAACAGUUCCAAUUGUAAGUGUUUUGCCAAACCUAAUAAAACAUGCAGAAAAUAAAAAUACAAAUACACAAAAUGUUCCUGUGCAACAAACUGGGUGCGUCGAUGAAAUUCCCAAACCUACGGAAAAAGUCGUCUCUAUUGCUGUACUUCUAAGAUCACAAAUAAAGGCUCUUGAAGCCACGGUGCAGGUUCCGCCUGACUUCGGGCAACAGCUUCCUACAAACACAUGUCAAGAAUCAACAGCCAAUGACAACAAGUCAAAGCCUGAUGAAACAUCUCCAACAAGCAUAAAGGUGACACUUUUGGAGGUUUCCCAAAAACUAAAUGAAAGUGAUCAGGAGACAGUUCAGUUUUUGCAAAAACCUCUCGUGCUGCCUUCUAUCUCUGAUGUUAAUGAAGGCAAUACUAUGGACAGCACGGGACUUACUGACAACACUAAAAUGUAUAACAAGGAUGUUGCUGAUGCUGCUCAAGAAACUGAAGUAUCAAUGGCAGUUCUAUUAAAAGAAAUCCCUGUUUCUUGUUCUGAUAAGCAAAAUGCUGAAAAUAGUGUUUCUCCUGUGACUUUAUGUGAGGAACUGACCAAUACAGUUCCAGCAACCCUAGCUGUGCCUGUCAGUGAAGAAUCAGUUAAAGUUACAGAAAGAGAUUACAUGUUCUCCUCACAUGCAACAGCAAGUAGUCAACAACCAUUACGAGAUAUUGUGGAUGAUAGUCAAGGUAAUGGUGGAAUUCCAGAAAUCAAACUGAUUGGUAAAACCCAUAGGAAGAUAGCUGAAAUAGAGUCGACUGCACCUUUAAACCAAGAGCACAACAAAGUCACUCUUGGCACAGAAGAAGAAGGGGUUUGUCACCUUCAUAUUCAGGAGGACACCUCUGUGACUGAUGGACUUUCAAGGGCUGACAGUAGUCCUUUGUUAAAGAAAAGAAACUGUGUUUUACCUAUCGCUUCUGCUACACCUCAAGAGCUAGCUUCUGGAGCUCGUCGCAAAAUGCUUACACCCAAGUGUAAAACGGAAGAGACCACAGAGGCCUCAUUGACAGCCAUUAGUCAAACUCAGAAAAUGGAAAAGUACACAGAGAUUGGCAAGCUUUCCUCAGGUCCUGUGACCUUAUCUACAUCUCCAGAGUUGUCACAAAGAUCCACACUUCAGCCUGCAGCUGAGAAAGCAUCUCCAGGAGAAAGACGUUCUCCAAUGCUGAGCAGGAGAAAGGCAAUACUAGACCUCGCUGAGGAUAUCCAAUCCUCUAAAACUGAGGAACAACCUACAGAGAAGGACAAGCAUGACCCAUUCAAAGCUCCUCAAGUUAUCCGCAAAAUUAGGAGUGAAACUUUCUCAGACGCUGUAGGUCAUGUGAAACUGUGGUGCCAGUUCUUCAAUGUUCUCAGCGAUUCUACUGUCAGUUGGUACAGAAAUGAAGUAGAGAUCACCCACAUUAAAAGAAAGGCAGGGGAUGAAACUCAGGUCAAUCUAGCCUUGGUUCAAGCAUCAUGUCAAGACUGUGGUGUCUAUAGAUGCACAAUCAGAAAUGAGCAUGGGACAGACUCUACAGAUUGUCUACUUAGUGCAGAUAUCUUGGCUGGAAUGUCCCUGCGUGAGGACUUUGGUGCUGGUGAAGAAAUCGAAAUGAUACCGUUAGUGUUCAACAAGGGCGUUGCUAAUUCUGGUGUUUGGGGCAACAAAUUAUUUGGCCGUAUAAUGAUGCAAGAAUCUCAUAUUGGUGAUGGCUGCUCUCACAAAGUCUGGAGGGCAAAGGUUAUCUAUGGCCUGGAGCCAGUCUUUGAGUCUGGUUGCUCAUGCAUCAUUAAAGUGCGGAACCCUAUCCCCUACGGAGGCAAGGGGGAAAGUUGCCUUAUAGAGCAGAACCUGGACAUCACCAAGCAGGAGUGUGUCAAUCAGAACUUGGCUCGUGAAUACUGCAAAAUCUUUUCAGCAGAAACAAGAGUGAUUGAAAACUUUGGACAGACUCUUGAAGUGAUUCCUGUCUACCUCAUGUACCAACCAGCCAGCACCAUCCCCUAUGCCACAGUGGAGGCUGAUCUGAAGGGGGAUUAUCAGAAAUAUUCUGGACUGGAUCAUACAGGCAGAUUAUUAAUGAGAACAGGUUCUGCGGUGGAGCAGAAAUGCUGCACCCUGCAGCAUUGGAUGUUUGAGUGGACGAAUGGCAGUCUGCUAUUCACUCGACUAGAAGGUGUUGACACAAGGAUUGCCAAUGUUGGAAUUGUAGUCAAAUCAACCGGACAUCAAGGUCUCUCUGUUGAAGGAAAUCCAAAGGUUUUUGAGCAGUUUGUCACCCAGCACCAGUGUAACUACUACUGCGGCCUGCUCGGUCUGAGGCAUCUGAAGGUCAUGGAGUCUCUGAUGACGCCAACAAAGCACAAGGGCUCCAAGAGUCCACUGCUUCAACGCAAGACCGCUGUGGGCUCCUCCACCCCUCAGGCCGACAGGAAAGCAGCCGUCAGCCCCAGAAUGCCCCGAAAAGUCACGCACGGCAGCAGCAAGACUGACACGAAACAAAAAGUUGCUGAUACUCCCAAAGUUCUAUUGGAGUAGUUAUCUCUCUACAAAACAGAAGUAAUCACUGAAUAUCUAAACAGAUCUGAUUUUUUAAAUAACUUUACAGGCCUGUUUCAGCAAACAAAUUAGGAGAUGCUGGAAAAUGAUGGAAAGUUCAGUUUAUAAGAAAGACAUGAAACCUUUCAGAGACCAUUCCACACCAGUAAUGAAGAGCUGACACCAUCACAUUCUGAUUAAUGUGUCCACAGACUCUCUCUCUCUUUUUUAAAUAAUUUCUUUCUUUCAAAGACUACCAUGUCCAUUCUUCACACUGUAAUUUAACAGUGGGACAGUCAUAGUACGAUAACCUAUUUUACAGUUAUAAGGUGUUGUAUGUUACAGUAGAACAACUACAGCAAGAUUGUAGAAAAACAGUAUUAAGUUGGCAACUGUAGCUGUCAGUAGUUUACUGUAAAUUAACAGGGACAUUUUUCACCGUGCGUGCACAUCUGGAGCUGUAUCAGAAAGGACAUCUGGUGUAAAAUUUGAUUCAAAUCAACAUGUGGAUUGAUCAUUGAUAACCUAUGGUGACCACAAACAGGAGAAACCAAAAGAAUUUUAUUUAUUUAUUUUUAAUUCUUGUUCUUUAAAAAAAACACCUUAUCACAUUAUAAAGACCCACACAAACAUGGGGAGAACAUGCAAACUCCACACAGA